GCACCUUUAUGUCGUCAUGGGCUUGCCUGUGUGGCUGUAAAACAAAACUCGGGAAACCUGCCACAGCCUUUGGCCUGAAUCUGCUGUCCGCCGUUCUCCAGAUGGUCUCCUUCGUGGUCAUCGUCGGAUGGGUGUGGUCAAUCAUAUGGGGAAUGAACUUUGUACAGAUUGCUAUAUGCAAGCAAAUUAGCUACGAUAUUACCAGGUCUUCCUCAAUCUGCCGGAAUAAUGCUCAGUAA